AUUAAAUCAUGUUCUAAAUUAAAUUAAUUGCUUUUAAUUACCAUUUGAAUGUUCAAAAUACAUAAAUAGUAUAGUGAGUAAUAUUGGUAGUGGUGAAGAUUUCAAAAUUUAAUCUUGUGAAUCAAUUGCAAUAAUUUAGUGAUUCACUAGCAAUACACUUUGUAUAGUUGAAAUGUGCUCAAUGAUCAAAAUUAUGGAAAUACAUGAUUUAAAGAAUAAAAUUAAAAUUCCUUGAUAGACAAAGCAAAAUGUAUUUAACUACAAUUUUUAGAAGGAUUACAUAUGAAUAUAGUAAGUGCUUUAAAUUUUAUACAAAACCUGAGAAUAAUGAUUCAUUUGAUGGAAGAAUCAUCAUACAAAUAAUUAAAUAUUUAGUUUUUGUUUUUGGAUAUUUUUUAGUUCUUAUUGAAAAAGAGAAAAUUAUUAAUUCUUUUUCAAUUUCUUCUAUAACUAUAUGGACACCAAAAAAACUAGAGGGACAUCUUGUUAAACCAAAAUAAAUGGAAUUCUUAGUUUAUUUGUAAGGUCAAAUCUUAUGUGAAUUUUUUAAAUGAUGAAAAUCUUAUUUCUGGAAGCACCUAUUAUACUAUGAAUUUGUG